AUGCCAGCACACCUGAGCUUCCUACAAUCGAACGUGAACCACUCCGCCGGAGCGCAGGACCUUCUGCUGCAGUCCAUGGCGGAGUGGCAGGUAGACCUGGCGGUGGCCUGCGAGCCCUACUUCGUCCCUCCCCUACCUCACUGGCUGGGGGACUCGGACGACACCGUGGCGGUUCUCACGAGGAGCGGAACGGGCCCCCCCCUCUCACUCAUCGAGAGGGGCUCGGGCUACGUAGUGGUGGGGUGGGGGGAGUACGUCGUCGUCGGUACGUACUUCUCCCCUAAUCGCAGCCUGGCUGAGUUCGAGACUUACCUCGGCUUAGUCAGAGCUGCGGUGGCCAGGCAGUCGCCGAAACCGAUACUGGUUCUCGGCGACUUAAACGCAAAGUCGCGUGCCUGGGGCAACCCCGCCACGAAUCCGCGAGGGAGGGCCGUCCAGGUGUGGGCCCUGCUCUCCGACCUGUCCCUUCUAAACAGGGGGCAGGUUCACACCUGCGUGCGACAUCAGGGGGGUUCCGUGGUG